AGAUUUACUCCGCCGCUUACAUUUAAAGACAGCAUCAAUCAUACAAAUGUGUACUAAAACAUAAACUUUACUGAGUGCUGAAAAUAAUCUUGAUUUCUGGAUUUAUUAUUGUCAAAAAAGUGUAUUUUCGUACUCAAAAUUGAUGGUUACAAUUUAAAUUGAAUUUGCUUUUCUAUAAAAAAACAUAAUAUUACAUUAUAAAACGAUGUCGGUUCUGUUUUUGUUAUUCUCGUUACUGACAUGUUUUUUGGCAUAUCUUAUUUUGAGAUGGAAUAAAGUAAAGAAUUAUUGGGCCCAGCGCGGAGUACCACACUCCCCACCAAACCCAUUCCUCGGCAGCCUUACCUUCAUUCAAAGAAAAAAUGUGGGUGUAUGGAUACGUGACAUGUAUGAACAUUUCAAAUCUCCGUACAUAGGGAUCUGGUUAAUAUGGAAACCAGCUUUAAUUAUAAACGACCCAGAAAUCGCUCGGCGAAUAUUAGUUAAGGAUAGUUCGAUUUUUAGAGACAGGUAUUUGAGUUCUGGAAGCAGCGAUCCUAUCGGAGCACUUAAUAUAUUUACCAUGAAUGACCCCGAUUGGUCAAAUAUACGACGCAAACUGACCAAUCUGUUCACUGCAGCUAAACUUAGAUUUGUUCAAAGUUUUGCCUUAGUAAAAGCUAAAGAACUCGUGCAGAGAGUGGAUAGAGAUCGCAAUAAAGGUUUAGAACUCAAGACUCUCUUUGUUGAUUACACGACAGAUGUGAUUGGAACGUUUGCCUUCGGACUUGAGAGUAACGCAACGCUCACUUCCGAGGGUCCCCUAAGAAAAGUUACAGAUGAUUUCAUGAGGUUUAGCGUAUAUAGAGGGCUUUGUUGGUUUAGUAUUUUUUUUUGGCCAGGUUUGGUCGAUAUAUUUAGGUUUAGCCUCUUUCCAAGGGACACAACUGAUUUCUUUAAAAAGAUUUACCUAAAUAUAAUGGAUCAACGUCACAAACAUCCAGACGGCAAACAAUACAAGGAUUUAGUAGAUGCUCUUAUAGAAAUUAAAAAAGAGAGCGAAGAAAAAAAUCAAAACUACCCCGAUGACCUUUAUCUAGCCCAAGCGGCCAUUGUCCUCCUUGGAGGUUUUGACUCUACUGCCUCAGCGCUAACGUACAUGACAUAUGAACUUGCCCAUGACAGCGAGAGUCAGGAAAAAUUAUACAGAGAAUUGAAGGAAGCCGAAAGAAAUGGAGCAAAUUUCGAUGCGCAGACCUUGACAGAGUUGACAUAUCUCAACUGUGUCUUCAAAGAGGUUCUGCGAAAAUAUGCACCAAUGGGUUGGCUUGACCGAAUAGCAGCUACCGAUUAUAAUAUUGAUGAGAACCUGACUAUCGCAGCAGGAACAGUGAUUUAUGUGAAUGCUAUCGGUAUGCACUAUGAUCCCAAAUACUUUCCUGAACCUUACAAAUUUAAUCCUGAUAGGUUUUUACCAGAAAACGAAAGUAACAUUGAACCGUAUACAUUUAUGCCGUUCGGAGAUGGUCCGAGGGUAUGUAUAGGUCAAAGAUUUGCUUAUAUGUCCGCCCGAACGGCUGCAUCUCAGUUGUUCCUAAAAUACAAGGUCCAACCUAUUCCUGGUUCACCAAAACCUAAAGACGUGAAGAUUGAAUCGAAAGGAUUGUUUUUAGGACCAGGAGAGCCAGUGCACGUUGAAUUCAUCCCGAGAACGGAGAACGGGCAUGAUUAAAAACAAUGUGUGUUCUAAAAUAAUUAUUAAGAUAUAUAUUUUUAAGAGCAUCAUGUAUUUAAAAUAUAAAAUUUAAAAUAUAAAAUAAAAUUUUAAAAUUAAAAUAUAAAAAGCAUCAUGUAUUUAAAAUAUAAAAUUCUCUCAGAUUUAUGAAAUUGCUCAGCAUUUCACACAAACUUAUAUUUUACUAAAUCUUUAACAGUUCUUUUCUGUGGAGACAUGUAUGGAAGAAUGUAGUUUAUUUUUAACACACAUAUUAUUUAAAGUAUAACUAUAAAUAUAAAGAACA